CAUCAACAGCAGCAGGUCGGGAUGUCGGUCCUUCCAGUCCUGCUGAACAUGCAGGGCUGGGGAGCAAUGUUUGCUGUGAGCUAACUGGGAAAAUCAGCUGCCUGCAAAGUGCUGCAUGACCUGAGCUGGGUGAAGUCAUUGGGUUUGGUUAAGCAAAGGGCGCUGCAUGCUUCUGGGGUUGCUAAUGCCCCAGGAAACAACCACUGGUUCAUCUUUCUGCUUUAAAUCGCACUUGAGUUGAAUUGCACUCGGCGUGGACGAGCCCUGCUGUCUGCAGGAUGGAUUUCCAAUUCAUUGCCACACCGAGGGGAUGCUGCCAGCUGCCCCAAGCUGUCACCUGCAGCCCCGCCGGCCCCAUUGCAGCUGCUGAGCAUCACUGCUUUCCCCUCCAUCCCAAGCUGCCAACCGUGCCCUGUUCUCACCCAAUGCGUGGAGCCGCACCAUUUAUCGCUACCCAGAGCCUUCUGCCUCCGCUCUCACCUGCAAUUUCUCUGCCUCGGGCGAUGCUUAAAAAGGACCCGGCGCUGAAGGGUUAUUUAACUCAGCCUGGUGAGUCACCUCUAGGGAGGGAGCCCGGAAUUCUUGCAAGCUCUGAGCGCUCGGCAUGAGUUACACUAACCCAGAGUUCAAGGUUAGAGAAAGAUUAACAAGGGACUGCAUUUCUCUGCUCUGCUUUUGGGGUAGUUUUAAUUCCACCCCAUCCACAAAACCCCGCUGCAGAGACCCGUUGUGUAACAGCAGAAAAUCCGGAGGUUUUCCUGCUGUUUUUGUGUGUUUUUUUUUUCUUUUCCCCCUUCAUUGAAUUUUUCUCCCCAAAACGAUCCGGAAUUCCCCGUUUUCCGGCUCAGUGGCGAUGAUGGGUUCAUUCUGCACUGCUCUGCCCUGUUCUCCCUACAACCCCAUCCUCCAUAUCAAAGAACCUCAGUGAGAAGAUGCUGAGCAAAGCCCUCAUCUCUCCCGAGAGCUUCAAGAACAGAAGUUUGGGCACGAAAAUCCUUUAUAUAUGUAUUAAAAAAAAAGUCUAACAAAUCAAUAAUAAAAGCGUGUGAAACGCGAGCCAGGUUCAGCUUUCCCUCUCUUAGUGAUUCUGCAGCGAAACUUGCUGCGGUUUCUCGAUACGUGAGUUUGUGGCGGUGCCUGGAGGUCGUGGCCAGCCCUCUUCCUCCUUCUCCUCCUCCUCCUCCUCCUCCUCCCUGUGUCACCAACGAUCCCGGCAGUUGCUCACAUUGCUUCACAUCGCUCCGCUCGGCGAAGCUGUCAGCUCGUGGAAUUCACUGGUGGUUCGGACCAGGUCCCGUUUCGGACCAAACCCCGUCUUCACUCGAUCCGAAUCCGGAUCCCAGCCCGGGAGCGGCGCGCCUCUCACCGCGCACGAUGCGCUCAGCUGCGCUCCGCUUCUGCCCCGUCCUGCUGCUGCUGUUGGCGAAGGUUCAUUUGGGAUCUGCUGCGGCAGUGAAGAAGCGGGCAGGCGAGUCAGAUGUCCUGGAACCAGACCUCUACAGCAAGAAGUGUCCUAUGGGCACCUAUUUGGCAAAUGACUCCUCCAAGUUCCUCCCAUGUAAGAAAGAUGAGUACACCGAGUAUCCAAACGACUUCCUCAAGUGCCUGGGCUGCCGGACGUGUAGGGAAGACCAGGUGGAGGUGAGUCCCUGCGUCCCCACCAGGAACACGCAGUGCGCCUGCAAGAACGGCACCUUCUGCUUACCUGACCACCCCUGUGAGAUGUGCCAAAAGUGCCAAACCCGGUGCCCCAAAGGACAAGUGAGGAUAGCUCCAUGCACGCAGCACAGCGACCUGCAGUGCGGUCCUCCCUUGGACAUCUCCUCCAGCUUCUCCACAGGCAUCAUUACCAUCAUCGUGCUGGUUGUGGGCCUGGUGUUCCUGCUGGUGUUCUUAUGCUGGUGCUGCAGACACUACGGUGCAGGGGGUGGCGGAGAUCUGUGCAGGAAGCCCAGCACCGUGGUGCAGAACAGACUGUUGCAGAGGAUGGGGAUUCAGGACAACAACUGCAAUGAGCAGAUCUACCUGAACCAGCAGCAGAAGCAGCAGCUGCUCGCCGCAGCGCAGGGCUCAGAGGUUCCCCGUGGUGUGGAGAUGGAGGAGGUGGCACCAAGAACUUCAGAUCCCAACGUGGAAACCCAGAAGAAGCUGGUUCCAGUGCCAGGAAAGGACCCCCUAAGCGUUUUGUCUUCCUCUUUCAACACCUUUGUCGAGUUUGUGCCCUUCCCUGAAUGGAGGAGAUUCGGCCGAACCCUCGGUCUGCGGGAAAACAACCUUUAUCAGGCAGAGCAGAACGACAGAGGCUCAGGGGAGCCCUUAUAUCAGAUGCUCAACAUGUGGCUCAACAAAGAAGGCAGCAAAGCCUCCGUGAAUACACUGCUGGAGACCCUGUCCCAGAUCAACCUCAGCGGCGUGGCAGACCUAAUUGCCUCCGAACUCGUUAGGAAUGGAUAUUUCCAGUAUGAAGUGAGCUGAGGAGCGCAGCCAGCCCUGCUCCUCCCCAGCUGGAGCUGAAGAUGCGGAUUCCUCUGAGAACCUUUAUCUUGAUCUUUGUGAUAGUAUUCUCACGGCUCCUUCCUCCCGGAGCCGUCGCACUGCUCAGCUGAGCCUGGAGGAGUCGAUCCCAGCUGGGUUCUUCUCCGCCACACUCAGCGUUGGUGCUGCCUUAUGGAAGCCACGCGAGUGCCUUGAUUUCAUUUGGCCGACGCAACGAGCCAAAGGGUCUUCCAAGCUGCUUUUGAGAUCAUCUCAUUUACCAGCACUGAUUUUAUACAGACCUCGGUGCAGAACUGCAUCUUUGCUUGGUGCGGGCACUCACUGAUUCUUAACUGGAUCAACGUUUUUAAUUUUUUAAUUUUUUUAGUGAUAUUCUGCUUGUAGAACAUCUCCGAGCCGACCGUUACGCUUCGUACUGCAUGCGUGGUGGGCGAGCAUCCCUGGGGCUCUUGGGUUACCCUCUACGAUCCAUUUAGAGUUGCAUUUGUAGCUAGUUCUGCUUGCCCUUAGCAGUAGACACAAGGCUGUAGCAGUGGGGUUGGAACUGGAUGAUCCUCAAGGCCCCUUCCAACCCAAGUCCACGAUUCUAUGACUGCAGGCGACGCGGGCGCGAUUCAUCGGCGCUGAGGCGGCUGAAAUAAGGGCGGCUCGGCUCAUUCCCAUUGCCAGGGCCGUGGGGGCCCCCAGCUGGCUGGGUUGCUCCUCCACCUGCAGGGAGGACGCACAGCUCAGGGAUGAGGUGCUGCAGGGCGAUGGAGCUGCAGCCCAACCUGGAGCUCCCCCUGCGCGGGCGCAGGUUUGUGGGCAGCCCCCCCUGCGCCCCUUUCCGUCCUCUCCAGCCCUGUGCCAAAUACCAGCAGAACUUUUGUAUUUAUGUAUUUAUUAAUUGCAAACGUGUACAUACGUUAACUUAUAAUAUAAAAAUAGCUGGUUGUUUUGUUUUUUUACUAUGUGUGAUGGUGUGUUUUUAUACAGAGCUCUGGCCCAGCCAGUUAGUUUUAUCCAGGAUUUUUUUUUUACACGUGUCUUUAUGAAGGAAGAAUAAACUUAAAAACAACAACAA